AUGCAGCGCUAGGAUCGCUAUUUGGCUGUUGCUGUUUCUGCAAAUACAGGGCCAUCUGUCGAAGGGGCGGCAUAGAAUCAAUCGAAGGACCUGGCACCACAGGGCGGAUAAUCGACCGCAUAUGCGAACCCACAAGGAACGGCCACGUCACAUUCAAGCCCGCGAUGGUCCACAAGAUAGUGUUGCGAACAAUCAAAUGGCGACAUACCAAGUCUCCAUAAUGAAGAGAAACCACAAGCAUAUGUGCAGUGGUGUGAUUGUCUCCGAAGAGUGGAUUGUGAGCACUGCAACCUGUCUACAGAGUGACGAGCCGCAUCGCUUAAAAGUAGUUACAGGCAUUCGCGACCUGUCCAAAGUUGGAUCAGGACGUGUCUACCACAUCGACUACGUGCUGCUCCAUCCGCACUAUGACAUACCAAAGCGAUCGAAUGACAUCGGCCUGGCGCACGUGAAAAUCCCUAUUCAUUUGUCUGCUAGCGUAAGUUCCAUUGAUUGCAAUGCAGAGGUGAUACCAAGAGAUGCGCAAUUACAACUUACCGGUUGGGGCUGGAGAAAGGAAGAAAAGAAUAUAAUGAAAACUAUUUCCGUUAAUUGGAUAGGUUUUGAGGAAUGCAAAGCAGCGUAUCGUGGCAAGACGAGAAACCCCGUGGAUAUAAGUCAUAUAUGCAUAAAAAUACCACAGGACAAUGACUUUUGUAACCACGAAAUGGGCCAACCCAUUGUGUUUGAUAACAAAUUGAUUGGUCUCUCAGCGUUUGGACCGGGCUGCUCCAAUGGCGAGCCUUACGUCUUCACACGGAUGGCUUUCUUUUUUGAUUUCAUACGCACAAAAAUGGCUGGCUGUUCAAAAUGCAAAGCCAUAAAAGGUUUUUCUGCCAACUUUUUCGAAUUGUAACAUCUUGUUCAUUUUAAAUAAAUAUUUUGACACAA